AUUAUGAUCGUCACUUUUGUCGAAGCUAUUGAGGAUAAGUUGAGGAUUAUCAAUGUUGUUAAUUUAGAAAUGGACCUUCUAAUUUUAAUACUAUACUUUGUAAAUUGUGUAUCAUUCAUAUAAUAAGUACCUGUGCAUUCCAUUAGGAAUCGUUUUUAAUUCCUUGAAAUGUAAAAACUAAAGAAUCUUGUUCAAUUUAUUCUUUGGCUUAUUUUUUACUAUGAUCAUCACUAAGGAAUGGUUCAUUUAUAUAUUCACUUGGACUAUUUUAAUUUACUUUUUGAGUAGAAUCUUUAAAGACCCAUAUUACCCAAUAUUUUUUGGUGGAUUCCUUAUUCUCUCAUAUUGUCAUGUGUACAGAUUAAUAGUAACCAUAUUAUUAUGAUAUCUAUUUAGUAUGAUUACUUAAGUUGGAAAAUGGAUUAUAAUUGCGUUUAGAUGAUGAUAACAGCACGUUACAUAUAUUAUGCAGUUGACAAACCUAAAAUUAAAGAAAACAACUCAUUCCUUAUGUUUAUGUCAUACAUUUUUAUGUAUCCAAAUCUCUAUCUGGCUCCUCUUCCAUAUUUUAGCUUCGUUGAUCUUAUUACACGUAAAGAAGAUUUUACUCAUUACUCAAUCAAACCUGCUCUAAUUAAUCUAUUCAAGGCUAUGCUCUUUACAGCAGGGGAACUUUUUAUUAGGCCAAAGUUUGAUACAGAAGUUUAUUUUUCAGAGAAUUGGGCUCAUUACAAUUUAAUUGAAAAACUGUUUAUCACUUAAGCAGUUUCAGUAGUCUUAAGGUUUUCAUACUUUACAGCUUUUAAGCAUUCAUAAGCAGCCAUGGAUGCUUUUGGAAUUACUUAUAAUCCAAAAACAAAAAAAUGUGAUAGAUUUCCUGUUGCUGAUUAUCAUUAUGAUUUAGAGAAGAAUAUAAUGAUGAAAACUUCAAUGUGGAAUACAAAUGUUUAACUUUGGUUAAAACAUUGUUUUUAUGAAAAAUUGAAUCAUAUAUUUGGCGGUUAUACUUAUUACAUAACAUUUUUAAUAAGUUGCAUUUGGUAAUAUAAUGUAAUAUGAGAUUAGGCAUGGUUUUUAUAUGACUUAUUAUUUAUUUUUUGUAUUUUGGGCAAUAAGUGUUUAGAUUUGCAAAUAUGUUUACAAAGCUUAAUAAAAAUUUUACUUGUAAUAAGAUUAUAUAAUUAUAGUAUUCCUGAAAGGAUUAGACAUAUAAUUUGUUGGUUUUGGAGUUGUAUGACAAUAGAUCAUUUUGCAACAGGAAUGAAGAUUUUGGAUUGGAAGAAGGCAAUAUAAUUUCAUUGUAGUGUGAAUUGGAUAAUCCAUAUAUAAGCAUUGGUAAUAUUUGGAUUCUUUGUGAUAACAGGAUUUGGAUAAGGUUAAAAAAGGAAGAAGAAGGAUUGAUAUAUAUAUAUAUUGAAACAAAAGUA